AUGGCUUCAAUGAUCGGCGCCAUGGUGUUGAAUGAAUGUCUUUUGCCUGCAGUCAAGGCAGUAUUUGCAUUCGACUACUGGAAUGAACAAAUUCAGAAAUUUCCAGGUGAAACAGAAAACCUAAGCGUCACAAUAAGUUCAAUUGAAGAUCACAUGAGUAAAAAUCCAAGUGAAAAAGACUCGAUAUUAACUGAAAAGUUAAUCAAAGGGAAGGACCUAGCUGAGAGGUGUGUAAAUGUUCCAUGGUGGAAUGUGGUCUUGAAAAUUUGGCUCUUAAACGACGUAAUGGAUGUACAGAACUACUUGAAAGACCAUUUGCCACCAGGUGAUCAUUCAAGUAGUUCUUAUGCUGCUGCUUCUUCUUCCGGUAGCCGUGAUCAUCCUCAGAUUUCCUUUAGAGAUGACUUGAGCGUUGAUAAAUAUUCCUACGGUAAUGGAAUUGGAAAGACAUCAGAAAAAUUUGAUUUAGAGCUUCUUCUGCAAACUAAGCCAAGUCAGCUCAGUGAUGAGCAUAUGAUUUUUGGGAAAUCGUACCUCUUCCACGCUUCUGGGAAGGUAAUAAAAGAGUCCCUAGUAUUAUUAGACACAGUAGAUAAGGAAAAACCGGAGCAUCAUAAAAAGGAAAUGGAAUUCGUGGAAGUCAUGGAAAAGGUUAGUCGUAUUAGUAACCCAUAUGUGGUUCCAGUUAGAGCCUAUUACUUUUCCAAGAUCGAUGAGCAGCGUCUUGUUAUGUAUGAUUACUACUGGAAGGACAGUGUUCACCACAUGUUGCACGAUAAAGGAAGUAGUUUCUUAGAUUGGGAUGCUCGAGUAAAGAUGGCUACCAGUGUAGCAAAAGGAAUUGCACAUAUACAUGCACAAAAACUUGUUCACGGAAACAUCAAAUCCGCAAAUAUCUUCCUCAACGACCAAGACGAGGGUUGCAUUUCUGACCUCGGCCAAAGCAAAUUAUUUCCAACGGUGCCUCAAUUUGAUCGCAAUGCACAUAAACACCUGGACCCUGAAGUGGAUGACUUCACACAGAUUACCCCAAAAUCAGAUAUAUACAGCUACGGAACUCUUCUCUUGGAACUUUUAUUUGGAGAAAUCGAUGUUUCAUUACCUAAAACUAAAGGAGCUGACAGUAUUAAAGAUCAUAAUUUAGCAUUGCUAUUUAGGAAUAACCAAGUACAGUGGAAAAACAUGCGUAAAAUAGCAAAAAAAUGUACUAAGGAAGCUCGGGAAAGGAAGAUAGAUAUAAACAAGGUGCUGAGAAGGUUGGGGUCGUUGGACUCGUUGAAGGAACUAACAAAUUGA